AUAUACCCAAUGCAUUAAUAAAUAAAUAAAUAAAUACUUGGAGGUGGAACUAAGAAUACUAUGAAUAUAGAAUAGCUACUAAAGCAAGUUCAUUUAUACUUUUGUAUAUGAUCACAUCACACUAAGGUAUUUUAGAGUUUUAUUUAAUUACUUUAUCAUUUCCAGAAUCAAUUAUGCAUUUGUCAUCCCUGAGUUAUGCCAUCUCUUUAAUAGAAAAGACUCAUGUUGUAGAUGCUUUGUUAAUUUUUUUCAACAAAUUUCCAAAAAAAAUUGUCCAUAUUUAAUAAGACCUUUUCAAACUAAGCUUCUAGUUUGGAUUGUACUCCAUACUUCAUUUUUAAAGACAAAUUGGUUUUUUUGAUAUCCAAAUAGUCCAUAGACAAAGAUCCUUAAAUAAGGACCAUAUCUUACAAAAAUAUUUGAAAGUAAAGAGAAGAAUUUUAGGAAAAAUAGUUUAUUGCCAAGUAAAGGAUUUCUAUGGGCCUCAAUCCAAAGAAUUGGAUGUCAGUUUAUAUAAGAGAGAGGUGACCCAAUUCCAUAUAUUACAAGCUUGAUGACACUCCCAAAACUUAUAAAGAAUAGAUUUGGGUAUUUAGAGUUGACACAUAACAUAGUAAAUAUAAAUAAUAGGAUUGAGUUUUAAUUUCAAGUAUUAGCCGCUAUAGCUUUGUGCUACAUAAGCCAAAUAAACAGAACCUUUUUAUAGAAACAAUGAUAAGAUUAAAUAUCUUCUUAAUAAAAUGAAAUAUUUCAGUUACAUACUACUAUUAGGAAAAGAUGUAUUGUUUAUAAGUAACAUUGUUAUGUUCUUUGCAUCUUUGUUUAUGUUGAAUUUCUUUCUCUUAAACUCCAUCUUCUACACUGAAAACCGAGGUUUAAGAAUACUGAAACAAUGUAAGGUGGUAGGCUUGUUUAGUAGAAAGAUUAUAAAGCAAAAAACCAAAAAGAUUAAUCAUCAAAAAAAGGAUAAGUUCAAUUUUGCAUCUCAUAGUCUUCAUUUGAAAAAUAAAAGUUUGUUUUCUAAAAAUUGUAGAAAUAGAAUUUAUAUAUUUUUUACUUUUUACUCUUGAAAAGUUUUAGUAUAUUUUGUAAAAUUAUUAUAAUUCUGUACGAGGAUUCAAAGAAGCUCUACAAUGACAUGGACAAUUCCAAGAGGUACCAACAUUCAAAAUUUGACAUUUACUGUGUUCUAAUUUGAUAAAGCACAUGAUGCAAUUUUGAAAUAUGAUUCUUUUAUUAAUUUAAUAUAAUAAUUAUAUAUCAAAAUGGUUGAAAUUGUCGUGAUGAACUAUUUAGGUAAAUGUUUUAGAGUUGAAUGUAGUAAAAAAAUAAAUUGAAUACAUUGACUUGGAAUAAAAUUUUAAACAGUUUUUCAAAGCUACCUGAUAAGUACAAAUUCCAGAAAUAAAUAAUUAAAUAAGAUUUUUACAAAAUUUGAGAACAAAAAAAAACAAAAAAAACAAAAACAAAAACAAAAUGAUAUUGGAUGACGAUUGGAUUGUGUGCUUUUAUUGUGUGCUUUUAUAGAGAAUUAAAUACAAGAACGGUCAAUAUGGCCAUUUCUAAUUAUUUAGUGAUUUUUUAAGAAAAGCACUAGAUAAUAAUAAUAGAAAAUUAAAGAAUAAAUUUCUAAUUAGUGCAUGUCUUCACAAGAAAAAGAAAAAGAAAAUCAUAUCUUUUAAAAUUAAAAAACUAAAUAAAAACAUGUUAUUGAGAAACCUUAACAAGUUUGAAACAAUUUCAAAUUAUCAAAAGAGUGAAGAAGCCACCGGCGGAAUGUUUGUGAAGCCUUACGACUCUGGAUUCUACGAAGCUUACAAAGUGUUAGCCAGAAUCAAGCCUGUUUUCCAGCCAGAUUCGACUUCUAGGCACAUAAAAUUGAGCAUUGAGGGCGAUCAUUUUGCCGAAGGCGAGAGUCUUUGGUCCGAAAGCAUCUGAGGUUGUCGUCGUGAGUGCUAAACUGGUUUUGUGCGUUUUAUUAUCAGGGUGCGAAGCUAAUUCCUGGUUGAUUCGUCAAGAUGGUGAGGGAUAAAAAGCAUCAUGUCGUAGUUGAGGUAACAGUCGAGGCUACACGAACCGAAAUGGAGAACGCCUGUUGUGACGAGGCUGUUAUUCAAAUGUUGUUCAGUAGCAAUGCUUUUGUAGAGUAUAUUGGUGAGUUGUCAAUGCCUGGAAUGGACAUUAGUGGUGGUAAUCUACCAAUAUAUGUAGGGCAAUUCCAAGCAAAAUUGAAGGUUUUGGAGUACCAAUGCUGCAGACAAUUGGAUACGUGUAUGGGAGGCAGGAUGCGAAAGAGCUUGGGAAGAGCGUUUACUCUCUGGGAGUGCCAUUCGCGGCAGAGUGGUUUCGUAGCAAAGCCCAUUCUAUCGAAAUCCAUGUCACCGAUGACUCAGGUGCUAUUCAGUCAAUGCAGCUGAAAGAGUACAUAGAAAACAAAUCGAGGGUGCUCAGAUGGAGCAGGAAGUCGAGGCGUUCCUCGAGUCCAACACAGAUGCUGUUGUUAAGAAUGCGUGCGAACUUAAUGUUGAGAUUUAGAUGGGCAGAGUAGCUUUUCGAGUACUUCCAGAAGCCAUUGCAGUGGACAGCCAUAUAGUUUAAAAUUCGUUAUAAGUUCUUCCCCUAAGUUUCUGGAUGCGAGACGGCUGCAAGUGCCUUGGCAAAUGCCUUGAGCUCCUCGAGUGCCUCGGCAAAUAUUUUCUUUUCACAAAUGUUUUCUGUUUACAAACGUUUUCUGUUACCAUGUAUACAUGUAAAGCAUGAAAUUUAUAAUCCAUUCAUACAUGUAAAGCAUUUAAAAUAAAACAUAAAUCAACCAUCUUUGAGCUUGAA